GUCCCUUCCCGCAACCCGCCCGUACGCGGGCUGGGGAGUGGGGGUCCCAGGACCACGCCGCUGCCCACCGGAGUUGCGGGAAGUUGUGGCCGGCGAGGAUGGGGCUCAGCGGGUACCUGUUCCAGCCCUGGAAGUGCCUCGUGGUCGUGUCGCUCAGGCUGCUGUUCCUUGUGCCCACAGGAGUGCCGGUGCGCAGCGGAGAUGCCACCUUCCCCAAAGCGAUGGACAACGUGACGGUCCGGCAGGGGGAGAGCGCCACCCUCAGGUGUACCAUAGAUGACCGAGUGACCCGGGUGGCCUGGCUAAACCGCAGCACCAUCCUGUAUGCUGGGAAUGACAAGUGGUCCAUAGACCCUCGUGUGAUUAUCCUGGUCAACACUCCAACCCAGUAUAGCAUCAUGAUCCAGAAUGUGGAUGUUUAUGACGAAGGCCCCUACACCUGCUCGGUGCAGACAGACAACCAUCCAAAAACCUCUCGGGUUCACCUCAUUGUGCAAGUCCCUCCACAGAUCAUGAAUAUCUCCUCAGACGUCACUGUGAAUGAGGGGAGCAGUGUGACCCUGUUGUGUCUCGCUAUCGGCAGACCCGAGCCAACAGUUACCUGGAGACACCUGUCAGUCAAGGGUCAGGGCUUUGUAAGUGAAGAUGAGUACCUGGAGAUCUCUGACAUCAAACGGGACCAGUCUGGUGAAUAUGAGUGUAGUGCCUUGAAUGAUGUGGCUGCUCCCGACGUGCGGAAAGUCAAGAUCACAGUCAACUACCCUCCCUAUAUCUCCAAAGCCAAGAACACAGGUGUCUCAGUUGGUCAAAAGGGCAUCUUGAGCUGUGAAGCAUCUGCAGUACCCAUGGCUGAAUUCCAGUGGUUCAAGGAAGAUACCAGGCUCAACACUGGCCCAGAUGGGGUGAAGAUUGAAAACAAAGGCCGAAUGUCUACCCUGACCUUCUUCAACGUUUCAGAAAAGGAUUAUGGGAACUACACUUGUGUGGCCACAAACAAGCUGGGGAACACCAAUGCCAGUAUCACACUGUAUGGAGUAAGGUGUCAACCAUCAUGCUUCCUACAAUCUUUCCAGAAAGUGAAUGCAAGGAGCCUGUGGAACUGGCCCCAUGGCUAAUGACUUCCUUUGUCAGCAAUGUCAUAGAGAAAAACCAUGUGUACUGUCUCUGCAAAAGGAAGAGAGCAGUGUACCCAUCUGAGUGUGAGGAAUGCACCUAUUUUCUCUUCUUCACUAAGCUUUGACUUCAUAUCUUUGAAAACUAUCUGGUAGAAAAUUAAUGGAAGCUAGUUACAUGGCAGGUGUGUUGACAACUCUGGUAUUUGUUUCAGGAAGCUCCUCUGAGCUAAGGACACUUGAGCAACUGACUUAUUUCCAAGCACUUGAUUAACACAACACUGAAAACAGAAGGGGAGAGGGUAAGUGACAUAGGGUUUCCUUGGAAACAUGAAGCUUCCACAGUAACUACAGGUGAAAACAUGCUCAAUUUUCCAGGUUUGCCAAGGGUCCAACAUGCAAACAGAAGCCACUGUUUUUUCUGCAUCAAAUCUUGGGACAAGGAGAACUGAGCCAUCAAGGGGACCUAUUUUAAAAAGGAGGACACUUCUAAACCAUCCUCUCUUCACCUGUCUUGCAAGGAUUAAACUAUGUCCAUCUCAAAGACCUGCCCUCCCUCCCUUGAAAAAUUCUUUCUAGGUCCACAGUCUAAAUAACAAAUGUAAGCUCAGUGUCAUUCUGGUCCCUUAGUGUUUUAUUUAUAUUCUUCCUGCAAGAUAAGUGGCCUCUUUGUUUUUCAGUUGUGGUUUUCAUCCUGUAUGACAUACACAGUGGGAGAAUAUAUAAAUGUAUAUGAGACAUAUAUAUGCAUAUAUGUAUGUAUAUAUGCAUACAUACAUACAAAUGUACACACUGCUUUGGCAUAUACAAAGUAACAGUCACUGCAACAAGACUUAGAGCUGGCCAGGGAGAAAUUAAUAUUACCUUUGCCAGCUGUAAACAGACAUUGGCAUUUCCUAUAAAACUGCCAGGAACCAGAUUCUGGAAACAAAGGAUGUGUCCAAAGUAGUGUAUGGAUGCCCAGUCCUGGGCCAAUCAUGAGCAAAUCAGAGGUAGGCGAGCUAUAGGUUGAUACCCAUAAUUUACAGGGAACAGAGUCAGUAUCAGACACCAUGAGAACCAAAUGUGCUAUGUGAACAUUCUACUAAUCUCCAGCAGGUUUCUCCAGAGUAUAGUCAGCUUGGGGUUGGUGGAGAAUGUGUGAUCUUGGAGAAGUUGGUGCUUGAAAUGGACAAGCUGAGAUGGCUCUAGAGGAGUGUCUUCUCUCCUUGGACAAGAUGAUGACCAGAGGAUUUGGAAACCCAAGCAGAUCAGAUUUCAGAGACUUCCCCAGAAUUCUGUGCGACUCUCAGAGAUUCCUCUGGAAGACCCUUGUCCUGCCACACUUCAAAGGGAAAAAUGAAUCCUACCAUCAAUUUUUAUCUGUCAGUGAAAAGAAAACUUAGUAAAUUAGACACCAGGAAACUGAGUGUCUGGGAAAGGAAAUGACUUUUUCUCUUCUCUGCUUGGUUGUUUUGUGGAAUGACUAUGAAAGUGUCUCUAAUUCAAAAUUUUGAAAAUGAAUGCUUGCUGCUGACAAUAAUCUCACUUACAUGUGCUAUGACUGCAUUAGCUAUAGAGGGCAAAUAAGCCUGCUGGAUAAAUGAGGUUCCCCCAUUCACCGCCAAAUUUCCAAUGGGGAGAAGGUAGUUAAGGAGGGAAGCAGAAACAUAUCUCUGAGCUACCUAUAGCUCUUAAACAGUUUUCCACAAUGAAAGAAAUAAAGCUUAAGGCAAGAUUG